AUGAACGGCUUAAGCAACAAACUCGUUGGGCUUGCCCUCAUUGUUGGCCUUUUAGUGUCCUUGGCCUGGACCCUUCCAGUCGACGAGGAAAAAACUUCACUUUCGCCCAAGGAUGAUGCUGUGAACGUUGAGCCUGUGCCGGUUGCGGAGGAGUAUUCCGUGAACGGUGGCCAGCUGCGAUUCCCGCCCUUCAAUAAUAAUGGAACAGGAUUUUUCGAGAAAUUCGGCGAGAAGUUUAGAAAUAAGUGGACCACAUCAACAACGACUAGCACAAGAAAGCCUCCAAGGGGAGAGAAUUUGUAA